UUAUACACUGUUUAUGAUCUUAAGGUUGUUUUCAAGCCAUUUUGUAAUUUGUUUUGGUUUCGUUUCUAUCAUCCUUUUCACCACUCCUUCGCGUUUGGUCUAUUACUAUAAUUUAAAUAUUUAAUAUACUAAUAUAACAUUUUAUAAUUUACGAAACCAUAGAAUGUUGAAGGCUGAAAUGAAUUAUGCAGCAGGUAGCAGCUGAAUACUGGCUGAUUUCCACGUAAACACUUAUCGCUGUAACUACUAGAAUCGAAACGUUUUUGAAUUUAAUUUUGCAUUGACGCUCAAUGAUCCUCAGUACCGUGACAUCUAUUGUGUUUGUUUUAAAAUUUAACAAGUAUUUUAAUGGUUUUAUUGUGCAACAGUGUGAAUGACUGGAUUGCCUAGAGAUUUUAAAUCAAAAAAAAUCACUGUAAAAAUUGAUAAUAUGAAACGUAGAAGCUAUGGUGAUUCUCCUCCUAUGUCACGUAAAAAACGUCAUAGCAGUAUUAACAGGUAUGAUGGUAGUUCAGAUGAGCGAGGAUCUCCUGAACGUGUUCGCCGUAGAGCUCGCUCACCGCCUAGUCCUAGGCCAUCUAGGUAUUCAGAACGUGACGAAUUUGGCCGCUCUAGGGAUUUGGAUCGAUCGCAUCCCACUUAUAAAGUGUUGUGUGUGAGUGCUUUACAUCCAAAAGCAAGUGACGAACAAGUCAAAGAAACAUUGUAUAGAGAAUACCGCAAAUUUGGUGAAUUUUCUGUUAGAAUAUCACAUGAACUAGAAGAAAGAGUGGCAUAUGUGUGUUUUAGAAGCUCGGAUGAUGCUAGAGAUGCCAAACACAGUAAGCCUAGAAUAAGUUUGUUUGAUAAAAUAGCUUUAGUCACACCUGUUUAUGAAGGUCGUAGUUCUAGAGAUCAUUAUGAACCAAGACCUAGACGUUCCCGAUCCCGAAGUUUUUCUCCAGAUUUUGAUCGAUACUAUCAUAGAUCUCCUAUUCCUCAAGAACUUCAUAGGCCACAUCCAGCUGAUAGGUUUUAUGAAAGGUUACCAUAUGGUACUCUUCCCCCCAUGCUGCCUCCACGAGACUUCCGAGAAUUAGGUUUGCCACCAAUACAUCCUCAUGAACUUAUGAUACCUCGAGGACCAUUAUUACACCAUGUGGCUCCUAUGCACCCUCAUUUAGGGCCAAUUCAUCCGUUGUAUGGACCACCAAGACAUUUUAUGCCACCAUUUAGACCACACCCACAUCCUCACUUGUUGCAUGACAAAAAAGAUAAAUUUCCAAACUAUUUGCAACACAUUCCACCAGAAGACGACCCGUUAGCCACACGUACAUUGUUUGCUGGAAAUUUAGAAAUUUCUAUUUCGGAUGAAGAACUUCGCCGUAUAUUUGGUAGAUAUGGAGUUGUUGAAGAUAUUGAUGUUAAAAGACCAUUGCCGGGAACAGGAAAUGCAUAUGCAUUUGUUCGUUAUCAAAAUUUAGAUAUGGCUCAUAGGGCUAAAGUCGAAUUAUCUGGUCAAUAUUUAGGCAAAUUUCAAUGUAAAAUUGGCUAUGGAAAAUCCACACCAACACAACGAAUAUGGGUUGGUGGUUUGGGUCCUUGGACAUCACUUGCUCAGCUAGAAAGAGAAUUUGAUAGAUUUGGUGUUAUUAAAAAAAUUGAGUAUGUCAAAGGUGAUAUUUGCGCCUAUAUACAGUUUGAAAGCAUUGAUGCAGCAACUGCAGCUGUCAAAGAAAUGAGAGGAGUGGCUUUAGGAGGCCCAGAACAUAAACUGAGAACAGAUUUUGCUGAUGGAGGUGUCUGUGGCAGUCCUACAUUAACCUAUUCAUCAAAGUCUAAGUCAUCUCAUGACGAUGCUGCAGCAACUGCAGGAGAUUUACGAGAACUAACCAGACGAGAUGAAUAUCCAUAUGGUUGGCCAGAUGGUGAGUAUCCAUCUUAUAGUUCCAGAGGUUAUCGUAAAGGACGUGCAGAAUAUGGUGAAGAAAGCAGAGAAUUUGGCAAUUAUGAAAACGGUCGUUCAUUCAAGCAGCAUUCUGUUUCUGAUAUUGGUUCUCCUCGAUCACCACUUCACCAAUCGAUUGACAGUGAUGUAGAAUCCGAAGAAGGAGCAAUACAAUCUGCAGGUCUUAUGGGUUCUGUUCGUACUCUAGGAGAUUUGGCUCGUAAAUGUACUGAUAUAUGGCAAGGCAGUCUUGUAUUAAAAAGCUCUCAGUUCCCAGCUAAAUGCUAUUUAACUUCUGGUGAUCCAAAUGUCAUAGAAUCAAUGAUGAAAGAUGAAGAUGGUAAAUCAACUUUACGCAUAACUCAACGAUUGCGUUUAGACGAGCCAAAGUUGGAAGACGUUUCUAAACGUAUAAUAACUGCUGAUAUGCAUGCCAUAUUUUUGGCGAUGCCUUGUUCUACUAACUCAAUUUCCAACGAUGAUGCAUUGGUACAAAUUAGACCUUUACGUAAUUUAGUAUCCUAUUUAAAACAAAAAGAGGCAGCAGGGGUUAUAUCAUUAAUAAAUAAAGAUCCUGAACCAGCCGGUGUAUUAUAUGCAUUUCCUCCAUGUGAGUAUUCAGCCAAAUUAUUGAAACGAAGUGCAAAGAAUUUAAGCAGUGAAACAUUAAAAGAUGAUCAUUUAGUUGUGGUAGUAGUUAGUGGGGGUGUUUCGUAAUAAGUUAUUCAUUUUUUAACUAAAUUUUCAAGUAUAAUUAGUAUUUACCUAUUAAUAGUAUAUAUGGGACGUAUCCAAAUUUUUUUAUAUCAACAACAUUUAAUAAUUAAAUAGUAUUAAUUAUUAUAAAUUCUAAUAAUACUAGAAUACAUUUUAGGUUAAAUAUUUUUAUUGACAGUAAAUUUAUUUGACUGUUGAUGCUAGAGUAUUUAUGUUCUUAAUUUGAAAACAUAAGUCCAUAAGAAACAAGUUAUUGUGGUUUAUGAAAGCUGUGUAAAAGUUUUUAAUAUGUGCUUAAAAUUUAAUUAAAAAUGUCAGUUUAAUUAAUUCAAGCUCACACGCACAGCUUAAUUACAUUUAAAACAUGUGGAGUGCGUAACAUCAUUUAUACACAUUGUGCUGAUGUAUCUAGUUCGUAGAAUACUAUUAUAAGUUUAUUAAUGUGUAUUAAAGUGAUUCAAUAUUUUUGAUAACCAUUUAAAAUAUUACAAAAUGCAUUAUUUUAUUACUGAUAAGUGUUAAUAUUUAUACCGAUUUAAUUAAACCGUUUCUCUUAUAUUUUUGAAAAUAUGGUGUAAAUUAUCAAGCAAUCCAGUUAACUUGGAUUGUUCAGUAAUCUUUUUUGAAGUGUUGUAACUAUUUUAGAAAAAAUAAAUAGUUUUAUAAUUAAUUAACUAAUCUUGUGCGUCAUAGUAGCUUUAUAAUAAAGUGUAAUUCGCGAUUUAACUGUUCUUCUUUUCAAAAAUUAUCUUAAAUUAUGUAUUACAUAGUAAUGUUAUUUUUGCUUAUUUCAAUUAAUUACACAAUUACUUAAAUAUGAAAUAUUGGUGUUUCUUUUUUAAAAUUUUAUUAAUGGAGUUUAAAUAUGGAAGUUAAGUAAAUGUUGUGUCGGGUAUCUACAAUUGUUGGUGUUGUGCUCAGUGUUUACAGAGUUUGGUGUUUUAUUUCUUAUGAAAAUAUGUGUAAAUAAUGUUGUAUUUAAAUAGUGAUAAUUGAAAUUGAAGAAUUAUAAACAUUAAAAUUACAACUUUAUUACAUUUUAUUUCAGGCUGAUUAAUGGAAUUCAAAUCAUAAAAAAUAUACUAUAAAAAGUAUUUUUUUUGAAAUUUUAAUAUAGGUUUAAUGACUAAAAUUUGAAAUUUUAAUAUAGGUUUAAUGACUAAAAUUUGAAAUUUUAACCUAACCCUUGUGUUUUUAUUAUUGACACUUCAAUUUUGCAUCAGUCAUUAUUAUUGAUUUAUUAUGAAGUGUUUAAAUUGUCAUAUCUCACAUUAUUAUCAAUAUUUGUAUUUUAAAAUUCCAAAUAUACCAAAUUAACAUUUUCCUAAUAUUGUAUCUAAAAUAGGAAUAAUGACUAAGUAGUUUAAUUAUUAGUCUUCAUACCAAAUUACUAAUUAUAAAUAGAUACACGUUAUUCAUUUAAUUGAUUGGUGGGUAAUUUAAACUCACUUUGUUUACUUAGGGUAUGUUUAUUAACUAAUUAUAAAUUGAUAUCAGCAGACUACCUUACUAAUACAGAUUUAAGAUAUUACAAAUUAGACAAAUACAAGAACAUAUUUUUGUCCAUUCUGUGAUUUUAGAGUCCAACCAAAUCCCGCUGACUUGAGACUUUGAAAAAUAUUAAUAUUAAAUCGAGUAAGACUAAUUUUUUAGCUUACCUAUCCAAAAUUCGCUAUUCACCCAUUUGAGGUCAUAAUAUGUGUAACCGCAACAAAAUUAUGUUCUUAAUGUAAAAGCCUUAGAUUACUGUAGAGUGUAGGUCCUAAACGGUAAGACUAAUGAACAAAUAAUCAUACCACAUAAUUUUAAGAUCCAAAGAGCUGGUAUUCCUAAAAUCUUGAUGAAGUAUUGUAUGAGUUUUAAAAUUUCUAUGACUUCCUGUACACGACAUUCUUUUAUGUAGGUAUGUAAUUAGAAUGUUAUACGGUUUCAUUAAUACAGCAAUAGUCAUCCAUUUUACGUGCUUUGUUCAUCAACGAAGAUCGGUAGAACCACGACUGAAUAAAAAUAAUUUUGUAAUUCAUGAAAAUAAUUACACAAUACAUGAAUUACCUACAUUAAAAACCAAAUGCCAUCAAGGGAAAUAAUAGUAAGAAAAUGUAAAUGCAUUAUUUGCAGAAGAAAACAACCUGAAUAGAGCUUUGCACAUUUAAUAUUAACGAUUACUGAACUGUAAAUGUAUAAUAUUAUAAUGACAGUUUGGUGUUUAUGGUACAUAACAGUGCCAUAGCCAGAAAAACUUUUUUGGAGGAGGGGCACUUAAUUUUUUUCUCUAGCUUUUGAAAUGCUAGAAUAUUUAAUUAUGACCCCUUUGUUCAUUAAGUGUAUUUACUCUUUUUAUGACUUUAUAUUUAUGUUAGCAACUAUGGUACCUACAUUUAAUAUAACAAUGUAUUAAUAUUAUCGUAAACCAUAGGUUUAUGUAUUCAGUUAUAUAAGCAUAUUAAUAUAUUAUCAUUAUAUCAAAAUGUGUUGUAAACAAUACAUUCCAUUUUUUGUUCAAAUAUUAUUAAAAUUUACUAACAAAAAUUCAAAACUAUAUUAGGGAUUUUGAAAACUGGUCGUUUUUUGUGUAUUUAGACUAAUAAGCAAAAAAAUAUAUAUUUCCAGAAGUCCAAUUUUAAUUUCGAAAAAAUAUAAGAAUUUCUCCACUGUUUGUCUGUGUUUUGUAGGAAGCAACUUUUUUUUAGUAAUAAAGUAAAAGUGAAUUUUGAAAAAUAAAAAAAUUAAUUUGGUACUAUACGUCUAUACUAAUUAAACAAUACUCCAAAUAAAAAAUCCAUUUCCUCUAUAACCUAGAAAAGAAAUUAAGGAAUUCAAAUAUGUUUUCAAAAUUAAAAUAGGGCUUUUGGUACUGGGUGAAUUUUUCUUCCGCUUGUUGGAGGUUACGUUGCACAUGGGAGUUUAACAUUUUUCAUGACAAAAUAUAGUGACGUGACAGCGUAUAUCUACGUUACUAAGGUUCAAGAAUCUUAGCCGUCGUUUAUCUUUAAGAGGACGUGAUACUCGCAUGUGUUGUCUCCGUCUUACAAGUGCGUAAAAUAGCAAAUUUUACACUCGGCCAAACACGUGUAACUCCGUUAAUUUAAAAAUUAGAGUGAAUUGACCUCUUAUUAAAUCUAAAGGUAAGAUUAUUAUUUAGGCAACCAGCUCAUGGGCUUUAUAGUAUAUUUUAAUUUUAAAGCGAGUUAUGAGUAUUUUAAUUUUAAGAUGUAUAAAACGGAGACAACACAUGCGGAUAUCGCGUCCUCUUAAUUAUACAUAAAGCAUUCGGGGAACUCACACACACACUAAUGAUUAAAGACCGGAUUUAUAUUCUCUUAAAAUACCUAAAAUAUGAUGCUAAUAUUCUCUAAAAAAACCUUCAAAUAUUCUCAUUUUAUUCUGUUAAAAAUUUUGAAAAUAUGCAAAAAUAAUCAAUAAACAUCAUUAUUUGCUUAAAUAUGCAUUAAAAAUUUUUUUUUUCUACUUUAUUUUAAUAGUGAAGUAUUAAUUAGGUAUUAAAAGUUACGCAUUCUCAAUUGAACAAAUCGUCCACAUUUUUUACUCCCAUAAGACUGCAUAGACUCAGUAACGAUAAUAUGUAAAAACAUAUAAAUCCGGUAUUUACUAAUGAUCAGUCACACAGCACUAACGAUUGAUGUACAAUAUUUCCUAAAUCCGCCCCCUUCAAAAUGGUUCGCUUUCGACAGCCUCAACUUUUAAUUUUUAUCAAACAUAAAAUAAUAUAAUAUAAAACAAGCCAAAAAAAAAAAUCGGGGGGAGCACGUGCCCACCCCCUGGUUACGGCACUGGUACAUGAGACUUGUUAUUAAAAAUAGAUUAAUAAUUUAACCGAGUGCCUAGUUUAUUGCAGAAUUACUAUUAAACAUUUUAUUGAUAUUUUAUACUUUAUUUAUUUUACUUUACUUUAUUCAAUUUUAUUUUGAACAAAAUGUUAGUACAUAAUGGUCUUAAGAGGACGUUACUGAAAAAAGUUCUUAUUGUUUCAAAAACCAUUAUUAUUUGUUUUUCAGCCUUGAAAAACUUUUUUCAUAUAAAUUAUAUCAAAAAAAUAAAAACAUCGUUGCACAGCUAAAGUUCUCCUUUUUAUGUGGUGAAAAUCUCGUUUCUUAGUUAUGAUUGUAGCCAUCUCGGUUCUUUCUCGCGCUUUAUGUUGUGCAUUUGCAGGACGGAUACACAGCAUGCGAGCAUAACGCUACAACCAUUGUUGGUCUUAAAAUUGCCUAUACCAAACCCCUUCUAACAAGUUUUAGACCUUAUGUUGUGCCUAAAUGGUGGAAUCUUAGAUCAUUUAGUAGUACCUAUAUUAUGAUAUAAUAGUGGAAUCUUCUUCGUCUUUCUAUUAUCAGUUAUAAAUGCCUAGUUGAUAAAAAUAUUUUUUUUAGAAACAAAAUUUCAGGGACAGGCGGACAGCCACUCUAAGUACCUAUUACCUACCUACUUAAUUUUGACGCUUGAAAUGUGGUAUUGCUGCUACUUACCUAGCGGCAUCGAUCAUGAACUGAUAGGUCUACCGGACUACCUUAUAUAGUCCGUAUAAUGUUACGUCGAAAGUGUUAAACAUACCCAAUUGUCCCCUCCCUUAAAUGUGCCAUCGACAAAUUCACUUUUGAAGUUAUGUGGCAGGCGCCGAGCUUGCUUGAAGAGUACCUACAACGCCGAUUACAGCUGCUCGUUUAAACUCAAAACCAGACUUAUAUAUUAAGUACUAAGUACGUUGAUCGUGUACCUAUUUGUUUCUACCUACGUUCAAUAUUAAAUAAUAGAAAAAAAAAGAAAGAAAGAAAGAAAGAUUGAAAUGUAAACAAUUAACGACAAUUACCACGUACGUUCUGCAGUCGUUAAUGAUCAUUAGAGUUGAUUCACCUUAUAAUUGUAAUAAUAUAAUAUAUUAAAUAUAUUGCAUAUUAAUUCACAUUUAUAUGCAAUUGACAAUUGUUAAUGCACACUAUAUGUCUAUAUAGAUUAGUUAAUUUGGGUGUUGGGUGCAUAAUAUUAUGAUACAAUUAACUAAGGCGUAUAACUAUACGUCCAUGGUCCAUACCAUAUUAUAUUUUAAUAAUGUGGUAAAUUAUAUUAAUUAAGUAAUUAAUGCGCAAUUGUGUAUACA